CAGAACGUGACUAAUCGCCGUGGCUCGACCAGGUACAAAUUCCCGAGACGUUGCGCUUUCGGCCUUCUACCGGCUUCUCUCUCCAAUGACCUCUGACGCCCUGUCCAAUCGAGCCUGAGCUGCGUUUGCUUAUCAGUUCCGUCACCUAUUUUUAAAUUCUUUCUUUCCAGCUGCCCACUAUCUCCUGGCUUCUUCGGUAGAACGGACAUUGUGUUUUGACUGGAGAAAGUCAUCAUGACGUCCGCGGAAUGGCUGGGCAGUGUUGUCCCAACGCUGCUUCGUCCAACUAUACUGCUCUGCAUAGCAGUAUACCACUUUCUCAUGACAAUGUUUGAAGUCGUCUUCUAUGACUGGAGCCCCUUCACCCUUUUCAACAUAAAAAAACUGCGAUUCAAGGCCUUUGCUCGUCUUUGGAAGCACAAUGGCGAAGCCAUGUCCACCGAGAUGCCCGGUCCUACUUUCGAGCUCUUAUCCCAAUGCAAAGGUGUUAUCCUCGAUGUCGGCCCUGGAUCCGGAGAAGUGCUAUCGCAUUUCGACCCAUCCCUCAUUGUUGCAAUCUAUGGCGCCGAGCCUGCCCAGGACCUGCACCCUGGACUAUUGAAGAAUGCAGAGAAGAGAGGCUUUGGAAGCAAGUUUCAUCCGAUGGUGUGCGGAGCCGAGCCGGAAAGUUUGAUCCCAGCACUGCACAAGAGUGGCAUUUUAGAUGUCAGCGGAAAGGGAGGCCUGGCCUCGGAAGGAGUCUUUGAUGAAAUCUGCUGCACUCGUGUACUUUGCAGCGUACCGCAUCCAGAACAAACUAUUAAGGGACUCUACAACCUUCUCAAACCCGGCGGCCGAAUGGUCAUUUGCGAGCACGUGGCCAACCCUUGGAGGACUGAAGGCAGUGUAGCUGCGCGCUUCAUGCAGCUGGUUUACACAAUAAUCGGUUGGCCCUUUUUCAUGGGCGGAUGUGAACUCCAGAGACAUACGCUGGAAUACUUGAGGGAUGCGGGAGAAUGGGACAAGUUCAACCUGAAGUACUAUGGCCCAAAGGACUGUAUCCCCUUUGUUGUUGGCGAGCUGAUCAAGAAGCAUGAGUCGAUGGAUAAGUCCUAUGCUGAAGCCGUGAAGGAGUAGAUUUGAGGCGCAACAUGUACAGUAGGCGGAUGUGUGUUAAAGGGCGCAAAGCAGAAAGUCACUUCACACAGUGUGUUACUGGAGAAGCUGCGCUGUCGUUGGGAAUUUAUGCUUUUAUACCAUCCUGACAGCUCCUCAAAAUGGGUGGCCAAGUGCAGUCGAGCAUGUAACAUAAUCUGAGACUUGCAUUGGAAAUUCC